AUGUUCCUCUUGUGUAAUAGCUCUCCGAUCACAUCACCGACCCAACCCACGGAGACAAAGAACUCACCACAACCACCACAGGAGACGGUGUCGAAGAACCCCCGAGUCUUCGACUUGGAUAUGGAAUAUGAGAAGCGACGCCUCCUAUCUGAGCUGCACCAAGCCUGGAAGGAAUUCGAUCCUCUGCAGAGUAACCUUGCUAGAAUAAAUCAGCAACUUGAAGUUCUUGCACAAAACCCACCCAGUAUUAAUAAUGGCGGCGAAAGACCUGCGCUUAAAGUGGACGCUACCACUCUUGUUCCCUCCGGUAGCAGCGCCUGUGGCCAGAUUGAGCUCAAGUCCUGCGUCAAAUCCAUCACUAUUACAGAAAACGCACAUUUUAUAAUCGAAUUCUUUACCUUAGGUGUCACUGUGGAUAGCUUGAAUGCAGCCUUCAGUCCAGACGAACCAAUCAGCUACAAAGCAGCGGCUGUCAUCUGCACCUUCCCUCUGGGUGUGCUUAAGGAGUCCGCUCGACGACAGAGAGACGCUGCCGCAACAAGAACGCCACCUAAACUGCAACAAGCACUCUACGCCAACGCACCACUUUUCAACCCUCCCCUGCCCGAGUGGAAACUGACCGCAAUGGAGCGUCUCGGUUUCGGCGUGCUCAACAAGGUGGUUCUCUUCUUUGACCGCUUUUUCUGGGACAAAUCGCAGCGCUCCUUCGGUUGUGUUAGCGACAGCAGCGAAAAACGUGGCGAACUCUUCCUCUUCUGGUCGAUCACGGAGCGACCCUGUCUGAUCGCCCUAGUGGCGGGUCGAUCUGCGCUGGAUCUGGAGCAGACUGCAGAUACUGCAGGUGCCACUACGUCGGCUAAUUGCGGAAAGACGUCACGCGGCGGUGGCAGCAGCGGUUCGACCUUGUCGGCCCCUGUCGGUACUGGAAGUGCUACCAGCAGCAGCAGCAGUCACCUGAAGGAGCCACUGGUUGCCCUGGCAAUGACUAAGCUGCGAAAGAUUUUUAGACGCGACGCCAGUGGAGAUCUGGACUCGGGGAAAAGCGUGCCUGAUCCAAUUGAUGCCCAUGUGACCCGCUGGCAAUCUGACGUGAAUUCGCGCGGUUCCUACUCCUACGUCGCGGUCGGGGCCACUGGUGAAGAUUACGACCUCCUGGCAGAGCCUCUCAGCCUGGCGGACACAGGCAGCGAAGCUGGACAGGAGGCCCCCGAGUCCCGCAGUCUCUUCUUCCACCCGACGACACCGGCA